AUGGGCGCCGGUGACAGCCCCAAGGAAGAGCAUCCUGAGAAGACCCAGCAGAAGAGCAGCCCCAAGCGAAACCCAACGCGCAGCCCGCCAAACCAUCCACCCGACGCCGAUGCUCCCAUCUUGAUCCCGGGCGAGGACGAGAUGGCGGCCGCUCCUGCCCUCCUUGAACCCGACGACUCGGAAUCAGACAGAGACAAUGUUUUUGACGAUGCAGAUUCCGCUUUUGACAGUACACACUCCUCGACGACGUCAAUCAGCGAGGCCAUGAUUGAGCAGGUCAAAGAACAUGGCCGCCAGUACAAAGGCUACCUGGGAGCAAAAUACGUGCUUCCGAUGGACGAGCAAGAAAUGGAGCGCCUAGAUAAACGCCUUGCCAUUGCCCCCAUCAAGAGCCCUCGUCGGGCAAUGGACGUGGGUUGUGGCACGGGUAUGUGGGCUAUUGAUUUUGCCGAUGCGUAUCCUGGAACCGAUGUCGUAGGCGUUGACAUUGCACCAACACAACCAAACAUGACACCUCCGAAUCUUCGUUUCGAGCUAGACGAUCUUGAACGCGAGUGGACUUUUACCAGCAAGUUUGACUACAUCCACAGUCAGUUGAUGAUUGGCGCCUUUCAAGAUUGGCCGAACUUCUUCAAGCAGAGCUUCGAGAACCUGGAAGAGGGCGGAUACCUCGAAGUGGCCGAUAUCGAUUUCGUGAUCAAAUGCGACGACGACACCCUCGAGAAAGAAUCAGCCCUCAACGUCUGGCAUGAGAAAAUGCACGAGGGCGCCACCCUCGCGGGCUUUCCCCUCGACGCGAUCAGCAAAGUCCCUGACAUGAUGCGCGACGCAGGGUUCGCCGACGUCGUCGCAAUCCCGUUCCCAUGGCCCAUCAACACCUGGCCCAGGGACCCGAAGCACAAGGAAGUCGGCAGGUGGGCGAUGGAAAACUUCACCAUGGGCUGCGAGUCGAUGAGUCAGGCGCUGUUCACGCGGGCUCUUGGGUGGUCAAUUGACGAGCUGCGAGUCUUCAUGACCCAGGUGCGCCAAGACUUGAAGAACCGGAGAAUACACGCAUAUUGGAAUUUCUGGGUGGUCUAUGGUCGGAAGCCGGGCCACGGUUCUGGGUAG